GUAUGCACAGCUUAAUUUCAUAAUUGAUAAUUACAGCCGGUGUUAUGAAUGUUCAAAGUUCAAACCUUAUCGCGAAUAAAAAUUAAUAUUAUAAAACAGCUUCGGCCAUCGCAAGUGUCGGUUCGCGUUUCGUUUACCUUGGAAGGAAGAAAAACACAGAAACAACCAAAACAUGACAAAACUGAAAGAACUAAUAAUAGGAAUAAUCAAAGAUAAAGCUUCACAAAGCAAAGCAGCGUUACUCUCAAAACCCACAAAACUAUUCCUCUUACGCGUCACAAGCCAUGACACCUUCUCUCCCCCCACACCCAAACACCUCUCCACGCUCAUCUCCUCCGCUGACGGCUCACGCGCCACCGCAUCAACCUUUCUAGAAAUCCUAAUGGACCGUCUCCAAAACACCAACGCCGCCGCCGUCGCUCUCAAAUGCUUAAUCGUCGUUCACCACAUCAUCAACCACGGAAGUUUCAUCCUCCAAGAUCAACUCUCCGUUUACCCUUCCGCCGGCGGUAGAAACUACCUCAACCUCUCAAAUUUCCGACGUAACACAAAUCCGACAUCGUGGGAACUUUCGUCUUGGGUUCGGUGGUUCGCGCAACACAUCGAACAGCUUCUCUGCACUUCGCGGGUUCUAGGGUUUUUCUUCGUCGGAAACUCUGAAUCUUCGUCGGAGAGAGUUUCUGGUCUGACGAAUUCUGUUUUGUUAACGGAGUUUGAUUCUCUUGUUACGUUGGUUGAAGGAAUUUGCAAGAGACCGAAUCACGUGUACAACGAUGAUGACAAGAACAAGAACAAGAUGGUUGAUGAGAUAGUGAAUUUGGUGUGUGAAGAUUGGGUGGUGAUUGAAAGAGAGGUGUGUGUUGAAUUGAGUGAAUUUAAGGAGAGAUUAGGGUUUUUGGAAUUUGGGGAGGUUGUGGAAUUGGUUUGUUGUUUGAAGAGAUUGGAAGAUUGUAGGGAGAAGGUGAUGAUGAAUUUGGUGGAUUCGGAAGCGUUGUGGGAUUUGGUGAGUGAUGUGAAGGUUAAGGUUGGACUGGAGGUGUAUAAGGAUAAAGGUAGGGUGCGUAAAGAAGGAAGGAAACUCAGGUUUAGCGAGUCUCAUCGGUUUUCUGCUCGAGUUCUAGAUUCACGUGAUUUCCUCCGAUUUCCCUCUGGAAGGUUGUUGUGAUUGUGAAGAUUUAUAUGACCAAUUGUAAAUAGGUACUAGUAAUUUGUAAAUAUGUAAUUUUACUAUGUUAUGUUAUGACGUACUGGUAUAGUUACGGGUUGUUUUCUUUUUUCUGAUUGGGAUUAGCAUAUAAUUUGAAUUGUAGUUAUAAGAUUAGGAAGAUGAUAAAGAAAAUUGUUUUUGUCGUAAGGAAUAAGAAGUUGAGAGGAAUCUUCAUUCAAAUUGGAAAAGCACUUAGAAGCGGCUCUGAGACUAUGAGAGACCCACACGUUUCUGAAAAAUGCAGACACGGUUGCUUAUUCAUGUCACUAAUUGAUUAGGAGCUCCCAAGAGGUGAGAUGAGUGGUAAUAGUCCCCAACUAUAUGUCAUCCAUCGCCAAGUCACUGCCAUAUAUCGUUGCCCCGUCAGCAGCACUAAUGUCCACAUCAGCUCCUGUUAUUACUUUAUUGCCACGUUAACAUUGUCCAUUAUAUAUUAGAUAGUAAUUUAAUGGGCUCACUAAA